UGCAACUGCAUAUUCUUAUUUCUGUUGCUAGCUCUGUCAGCUUAUCACAUGCAUGAAGGAUCAUUGCGGGGCACAAAUCCGCCUGACUUCGUAUCUCUGCUCUAUCACCACAAUGUCCUCCAAGUCUAUUAUUGUUAUUAUCGGAUGCGGUGGCAUGGGGCUGGCCAUCGCACGGCGACUUGGAAGUGGUUCUCAUCUCGUUCUAUCUGACUUUUCACAAGCCCAGCUUGACUCCGCCGCCCAGACUCUGCGACAUGAAGGCCACGACGUCGACACCGUGCAAGCCGACAUUUCCAACGAAAGCGCCGCCCAGAGCCUCGCCCAGGCCGCCGCACGCCUGGGUGUCGUUAGGGUCAUCGCGCAUACCGCUGGGCUGUCGCCUGCACGGUCGCCGCCGGAUGCGAUCUACAAGGUCGACCUGCUAGGAGUGGCGCAUGUUAUCGACGCGUUCCUCCCUGUGGCCAGUAGCGGUACAUCGCUGGUUAUCAUCGCCAGUCUCGCCGGGCACAAUACACAGGGACAUUUAUCAGCUGAUCUGGAACGGCACCUCGCUACUGCUCCGGCUAGCGAGCUCCUGAACCACUCAGAGCUCGAACAUGUCAAUUCUACUUCCGCCGAGUCAGUGCCCCGGUUUACAGCGUACGGCGUCUCGAAGCGCGGGAACAUUCUCCGCGUACAAGCGUUUGCAGCGGCCUGGGGGCAAAAGGGGGCGCGGAUCAACACCGUCAGUCCAGGGCUGAUUCUCACUGCAAUGGGGCAUGCAGAGCUCUCAGGGCCCAUGGGAGAGCAUAUGCAGGACAGGAUUGGGAAGAACCCGGUCGCGCGCGUGGGCACGGCAUCGGAUGUUGCAAAUGCGGUGGCGUUUCUGUGUAGUCAUGAGGCGUCGUUUAUCACUGGAACUGAUAUUCUAGUUGACGGGGGAUGGGGGGUUUCAGCUCGGUGGGAGAGCAAAAUAUAGUCUAUACGUCUAUGGGAUAUCUCGCUAUAGUAGCUCAAUUGGUUGAAUCAAUAUGCUGACGCCACUUGGUUCCAUAUGUCGAGGUUGCGCAGACAUUAACUACAGAAGCACAAAGCAAGCCU